GGCGGGCGCUUCCGGGCCGGCGGCGGGACCAUGAGCGGCGCGCGGCGCAGGGAGGAGCUGCCGCACGCGCCGCAGCACGCGCUGCCCAACGGCCGCUCGGCCUGGGGAAAGGCGCUGCGCAGCCACGCGGCCUGGAGCGACAAGGACGAGUUCCUAGAUGUGAUCUACUGGUUCCGGCAGAUCAUCGCUGUUAUCCUGGGGAUCAUCUGGGGAGUGGUUCCACUGAAGGGCUUCGUGGGGAUAGCAGUGUUCUGCCUGAUCAAUGCUGGUGUUCUGUACCUCUACUUCAGCAGCUUCCAGCAGAUAGAUGAGGAGGAGUAUGGUGGGACGUGGGAGCUGACAAAGGAAGGAUUCAUGACGUCUUUUGCACUGUUUCUGGUUGUCUGGAUAAUCUUCUACACUGCCAUCCACUAUGAUUGACACAGUCUGUGGCUCUUGCCUGGUAAAUUGGUCAUCAGUGAAUCAAGAAAGUUUUAAUAAGUGAUGGUUUGUGGUGGCCUGGUGGGAGGUGGGAGGGAAAUCAGCUCCCUCCGAAGCAGUGGCCGCAUCAGCCUUGGGGAGCCCCAGCUCUGCUGCUGGAGGAGUCCCUCUCCCUUCCAUAGACCUGUCAAUUGUUGGAACUAUUAAAAAGCCAUUGGAAUAUUUGGAA